AUAGACCCAAUUAAUUACUCAUAAUCAACCACCACCACAAACCUAGACCAGAGAGAGAAAAGGAAGGGGGGAAGGAAUACUCAGCAGUGCUUACAGACAGUACAGAGGUGGGGGGAUAGAGCGUGUGUUUUGAUUAUUAUGGCGUCCAAGCUAUGUGACUCCUGCAAAUCGGCCACCGCCACUCUCUUCUGCCGAGCCGACUCGGCUUUCCUCUGCGAGGGCUGCGACUCUGAAAUCCACGCUGCCAACAAGCUCGCCUCCCGACACGCGCGGGUCUGGCUCUGCGAAGUCUGUGAGCAGGCACCUGCCCACGUCACCUGCAAGGCCGAUGCUGCCGCCCUGUGCGUCACCUGCGAUCGCGACAUUCACUCCGCCAACCCACUCGCCAGCCGCCACGAGCGCGUACCCGUCACCCCCUUCUACGACUCCGUCAAAGCCGGAGCUGCCGUUAAGUUCCUCCACGACGAUUACUUAUCGGACGUCGAGGGCGAUGAUGACGUUAGUAGGGAAGAGGCCGAGGCUGCCUCUUGGUUGCUUCCCAACCCUCCUCCCAACAACAACCAGAGUCACAAUAAUAAUAACAAUAAUAAGGUGAUGGAGAAUCCGGAUCCGAAUACCGGUCAGUAUGUCUUCCCGGACAUGGAUCCGUAUCUGAAUCUGGACUACGGGCCUGUGGAUCCGAAGUCGGAAGCUCAGGAGCAGAACAGUUCGGGUACUGACGGAGUUGUACCCGUACGGAGCAAGAGCGUUCAUCAGCCUCCGUUGAUGAGUGAUCACCACUGCUUCGACAUGGAUUUCUCGGGCUCCAAGCCCUAUGUUUAUGGGUACAACGCUCAGUGUCUGAGUCACAGCGUGUCUUCCUCCUCCAUGGACGUGGGCGUCGUGCCAGAUGGCAGCACCGUGACGGAUGUGUCGGAUUCAUACUGUAAGCCGAUGGGCACCGUAACCGAUUCAGCAAAUCGGGCAGUUCAGAUCUCAGCAGCGGAUCGUGAAGCGAGGGUGCUGAGGUACAGAGAGAAGAGGAAGAACCGAAAGUUCGAGAAGACGAUCCGAUACGCGUCGCGAAAAGCGUAUGCGGAGACGAGGCCACGAAUAAAAGGGAGGUUCGCGAAGCGAUCGGACAUGGGAUCGGACGUUGAUCGUUUGUGCGGUUACGGAGUGGUGCCGUCGUUUUAAGUAGAAAUUAUGCAGUAAUUGUGAACCCGUCAAAUUCAUAACGGCUGUAUUGUAUAUAGUUGUUGUUGGAUGGAGUUUGAUGGCAUGGAAUGCUGACCGUUGAUUUUGUAGACUACAAAAUUAAUGUUAAUGCUGUAGUAAUGACUAGUGAGUAAUGAAUAUUGCUCUUUUUUUUCUUUUUUUUUAA